GACAGAUAACAGACUGGUCGCCCUGUGGUUUGUCCUCAUAAGCGCUUUUGGCGGUUGCCCACAAUGGGAGGGUGGCCAGAAAGAACGAACUGUGCCGUUCCUGGAGACUAGGACUCGCCUCUUCGAUGUUGUUAUUUGUGAGUCGUCAAAGAACGUGCCACAAGAAGACCCUUUUAACGUAAACAGGCGUUUUGUGAGAGCUUAAAGACUUAAACCGCAUUUUAUUUCAGUCUAAACUUUCGUGGACGAGAGGCCACUUCUUUAGAGGCAGUUCUCAGAGUGAGAAUUGUCCUUGGAACAAAGAGGCCCAUGGAAAUGGCCAGUGUACUUUGUAACAGAGCUAGACUGGUGACGUACCUGCCAGGAUUUUAUUCUUUGGUUAGAAGGGUUGUAACUCCCAAGGCUUUUUCCACAGCAGGAUCAUCUGGCUCAGAUGAGCCUUCUGUUGCUGCGGCACCUCCUGAUAUAUGUCCAAGAACUGUGUGGCCAGAUGAAGUAAUGGGACCUUUUGGUCCUCAGGAUCAGAGAUUCCAGCUACCGGGUAAUAUAGGCUUUGACUGUCAUCUAAAUGGUACAGCAUCUCAGAAGACAACAACUCAAGCCCACAAAAAAUUGCCUGAUAUUUUAGUAGAGCCUUUGGCAACUGAAAGGCAUGAGUUUGUGAUGGCUCAAUACAUCAAUGAGUUUCAGAAUGCCGAUGCUCCUCAUAAGCAAAUUAAUAAUGCGAAAGCGUACUUUGAAGCUGCCAAGGUAGAAUGUGCAAUACAAACAUGCCCAGAACUAUUACGCAAAGAUUUUGAGUCAAUGUUUCCAGAAGUGACUUCCAACAACUUAACCAUAUUAACAGUAACUCAAAAAACUGCGAAUGAUAUGACUGCCUGGAGUGAAGAAGUUGAAAGUGAGCGAGAAACUCUCGUCGAAAAUUUUAUCAAUGGUGCCAAGGAAAUUUGUUAUGCUUUGUCUGCUGAAGGUUAUUGGGCAGAUUUCAUUGACCCAACUUCAGGAUUGGCAUUUUUUGGCCCUUACACAAACAACACCCUUUUUGAAACUGAUGAACGUUAUCGCUAUUUAGGAUUUUCCAUUGAAGACCUUGGCUGCUGUAAAGUUAUUCGUCAUAAUCUCUGGGGAACACAUGUGGUGGUAGGAAGCAUUUUCACCAACGCUGCACCUGACAGCCCUAUCAUGAAGAAAUUGAGUGGAAAUUAAUUGCGUGACAUUGGACAGUUCUGUUACUCAAGCAUUGGUCAAUAAACACCGCUGGGGGAAAUCAAGUGUUAAAUUACACUGCUUGGAAGUUUUAAACUAUUAUUUAUUUUAGUUAUUGCGCAGUGUGUGUAGUCUACACACAAUCUAUAAUGGUAAUUCACCUUUUUAUUUGAAAGGUGUAUAUAUGUAAUACUAAAGUAUUUUUCUCCUGUUAUCAAUGAGAUGAAUAAUCCUACUUUGAAACACAAAUCUUUGACAUUCUAAUGUCAUUUUCAUCAGUCCCUGACCAAAUCUGGAAUUUAAAUAAAAUUGCAAAAUAUAUUAUAAAUGGCAGAUACACCAGUUUUAAUACAGAUUACAAAUUAAUUGGGAGAUUUUCUUAAUUUCGAAGGAAAACAGUUUUGAGAUAAGAACAUUCACAGUUGUACAAUUGGCUGUUAUUAAAGAAAAUUAAUCCUUUA